GUUCAACUGGCAGUUCGACAAAUUGAAGCGAUCGGCGGCGCGGACAGGCAGCAUGAGCCAACCUGUGCUCCCUUCCAUGAAAACGAGCCCAUCGCAGGAGAUGGCGCACGAUCCAGACGACGGUCUGAGUCUACUGAGCCCCCAGCAAUUGCGUGAUUUGGCCACCCUUCAUGCACUCGUCGAGUCGGAGUGCGGCACUGUCUACUCGAAAGGCGACUUGGACUUGACGCUUCGGGAAGUGAACUGGGACACGGCCAAAGCAUUUCGCAUGCUGCGCAACCGUGAGGAAGCGACGAAAAAGCGCGCGCGUCUUCCUGAUGGCUUCCACGACACGUGGAACCGGCCAAAGAACCCACGUUUGUCGCUGCCACCCAACCAUCGACUCUUCCACGAGAAGUAUGACUCGUUCACUCCGUUGCAAGCUGCUCGCGAACUCGAUGCUCGUAACGCCGUAGUCAGUGCCAGUGCCCCAGCGCAUUUCGAUGCUUCUCCGUCCGAGUACAACCUUCCUUAUUCGCAAAAGCAUCUGUCCCCACCUUCAGAAGAAGUCGAGAACGACGACGAUGACCUUGAUUCGUCCACCCAGCUGCCUCUCCAAGAGUGCGAUCCUACCGCCGCGGCGAACCUUUUCUCGCUUCACCUCUCGAACCGCGCCAACCCCAUUAAGGACGAAGCUGCGUCGGCUCCGCAAUCGCCCCCAUUGGACGAUGUUUUCACAAAACUUGCGGUUGCAUGGAGCCCCGACGUGAAGAAUCUACUCGAUGCGGCAUGCGCGGCGCACGCUGCGGCACUCCGGCACAACUCACCCACGUUUGACGCGACCGAGGCCUCGAACCUUCUCUUGGACAUUGUUUCGCUCUUGCCACAUGUUCAACGACUCGAUGCUCUGGAUGGCCGCAUUACCCCCACGGACGCAGAAGUUGCCGCGUCCGACAAGGCCGCGAUGCUGGACGCGAUGGCGCCGCUUGUCGCCCCCGAGGACAAGAUUAAGGCGUUGAAUGCCGCUUGCACCAACCACACGCGGCGUUUACAGGCGUUUUGCAAAGCCAAGGCCGAUCUCGCCGCGAUGCACGCCGACACGUUGCACAGAUUGAAGACCAAGCUCGCGGACGUGACGGAGUUGGUCCAGCGCGGUCAGAAGCAUGUCGCUGAGAUGGCGGCGGAGCUGAACAAGGCGCGGACAGACGAAGUCGUGGCGGCCAAGAAGCUCCAGGAGCUCGUCCUCGCACGCCGUGCAGAGUAUAUUGCCACAGGCGUUCCUGGUGACGCAGCGCUCAUCCGUGCACAGACCAAUGUGUUUACGACCCAAAUUGAAGUCGAUGCGGUGACGGCCCGUGAGCUCCACGCUGCCGCCGAGCGCGCGACGACGGCAGCGACGGAAGCGUGGGAUUGUGCCAACCUCGUCGACGUUUUUGGCAUUGCUGCGCAGGCGCUCGUGCGGUAUGUGGUGGCGCUGCGCCAGGAAACCAUGACCCAAGCAUUCAACGACUUCUACGUGAUGGAGGCCCGCGCCAAGACGGCAUCGGGGGCGCGGCUGAAGGAGGUUUUGCCCCGCGUCGUCGCGGAGCUCGUGUCGUUUGAUGCGGCCCUGAUCCUGCGUGUGCGGCACGCAACAAGCGAGGCGAACUUGGAGCGCAACAAGUUGAAGGAGCACGACAUGCGCAUGGGAACGUCGGCGCCGACGCGUCGGAAAAACAUCCUCGAAACGAUUGCCGAGUUUGAGAACGCUGUGAUGCUGUCAAAGGAGCUCAUGGACGAGACGGCGACGGCGCAAGACGCGCAGUGGACGGCAUUGCUCGAGGUCGCGCCGACAACGGACGUGGCCACGCUGCUUGAAUCCGAGUGUGCGACACACUGGCGCGACGUCGAAGGCCCAUUGCGUGAUGUAUUUCUCAAGUUUGCCAAGUCUUCGGACCAGCCCAACGAUGCAUUUCCGCCACCAACGGCUGCAGCCACGUUGGUGGCGACUGAGCCGACGGCGCUCGGGAACGAAGAGUCUGUUCGCCACGUCGAGCCGCCGACGUCGACCGCCCUCACAACGACCAGCUCGUUUGCAUUCCCCCCGAGCAAGUACCAGGUCGGCGACAUUAUGUACACGCGAUUCAACGAGCACGAGUUUCUGCGGUGCCGCGUGCUCGCCUACGUUCCGGCCGAGGCCAAGUACACGAUGGAGUAUGAAGACGGGUCGGUGUACCACGUGUCGGAGAAGCACUUGUUCACGGAAGCCGAGUACGCGCGGGUGGCGGCCGCGAUGACGGCCGACGAACCAGACAAGCCGUCGACGUGUGCGAUCAUGUAAGUUAAACAACAAUUUCAUCGAGCUGCAUCGAGUCUUGCUUGCCGAGGACGGGCCGUGUAUCG